AUGUUGUGUAUUGAUUUCGUUUCUCACCGAGUGACCUUUGCCAGAGUAAGCUGUGGAAAAUUAGUAGAGUCCAGUGGAUCUUUUCUUUCUCUAUUUCUUUUUACUUUCAUUUUUCUUUUCGGAUUUUCUCUCUGUUUUAUCGCAUUUAUCCAAUCCUCACUCUCCAUUUAUUUCUUUCUUUCUUUCUUUCUUUCUUUCUUUCUUUCUUUCUUUCUUUCUUUCUUUCUUUCUUUCUUUAGUCCCCCUCUCUCUCUUUCUCUUACAUUUUUUCUUUCUUUUAAUAUAGAUCUAAAAAAUUACGAUUUCUUUCUUUCAUUCUUUUUGUCUUCCUUUCUAUCUUUUUUUCUUCAUUCUUUCUUUCAGUUAUUCAUUCAUUCUUUCAUUCAUUUUUCCUUCUUUCUUUCUUACUUUCAUUCAUUCAUUUUUCUUUCUUUCUUUCAUUCUUUCGUUCUUUCUUUCAUUUUUCUUUCUUUCUCUCUUUCAUUCAUUCAUUCUUUGUUUCUUUGUUUCUUCGUUUCUUUCUUUCAUUCAUUCAUUCUUUUUUCUUUCUUUCUUUUUUCAUUCAUUCUUUCUCUUUCACUCUCUCUUUCACUCGCUCUUUUCACUCUCACUCGGUUUCUUCUCAUUUAUAAGGAGAUCUAUCUAUCUAUCUAUCUAUCUAUCUAUCUAUCUAUCUAUCUAUCUGUUUGUUCUAAAAGACGAUUGUUGAUCUCCAGUCUUUUUCUAGUCCUUUUCAUAGUCUGUUCAUUAUCUAUCUAUCCAUCUAUCUAUCUAUUCAUUAUUUUGAUAUUAAGUAUCAAUCUAUCUAAGAGUAUUCAUAUCUAUCUAUCUAUCUAUCUAUCUAUCUAUCUAUCUAUCUAUCUAUCUAUCUAUCUAAGAGUAUUCAUAUCUAUCUAUCUAUCUAUCUAUCUAUCUAUCUAUCUAUCUACUAAUAUGUGGGGCAUAAUAUUUUCCUCUCUCUCUUCCUGUUUAGAUUUCUCUCUUCUUGUUUAUAGAUCAAACUCCUCUCUCUCCCUGUCUCUGUGUGAAUAUCUCUUUCCUACUCUCGCUCUAUCCCCACUCCUCUCUCUCGGUGCAGUAAUCAGGGAAAAUGAUUCUUACCAAUUCGUCAUUUCUCUAUCUAUCUAUCUAUCUAUCUAUCUAUCUAUCUAUAUAUAUAUAUAUAUAUAUACAUGGGCACUUGGUGAGAGCCAAACUCGCUUUCCAAACUCUCGCUUUCAUUCUAAAAGACGUGCCACGCCAAGUAUUCAUCCAUAUCUAUCUCUCUAUUUAUCGCUUUUAAUCUUUUGUUUAUCUGUCUGGCUCUCUAUCUAUAUUUCUUUUAAUCUAUCUAUCUAUCUAUCUAUCUAUCUAUCUAUCUAUCUAUCUAGUCUCUUGCUAUCUUAA